AUGUCCAGAAAGCGCGCCGGGCACACAGAACCGAUGAAAUCGCAUACGAGCGACGACACUAGAACGAUUGGGGAGGCCUGGACACAAGCAACCCGUCUCUCCGCGGGUGGGCUUUUGCACGAGGCCACGCUGGGUUUCCUAAGACUGAGAGUUCUUCUGCAAAACGAGAAGAGCAAGUUACAAAGAUUCGAACCCGGAGGCAAGGGCCAAACACAGCAUGCGACGCAAGGGAUGGAGGAGGCCCAGGCUAUGUCACCGUCGAAUAGAGCAAGCACCAAGGCGACAUGCGUCGUUGAUAAGCUUUUGUCUAAGAAUCCAUCAAGAGUAUUCCUAUCACGGUGGCUCGCCGCGUUUCAGGUGGACCGAGAACUCCGAUCGCACCUGCGUUUCUUGAAGAGCAACCAUUUCGCGGCGUUACAGUUGCCUCUCCCCAGGCGUGCUAGUGCUGACCGUACCAGCCGGAGCGCCAGCAUAUCGGACGCCCUCGUAAAACGCAAAUACCGGCGGCUGGCACUGCGGUUCCAUCCUGGUUGGUGGUGUUUGCGUCUCCUACACUUGCCCCCCGGAUUCAUGACCCUAGCUGUUCACCACGAUAAUGAGCAGGGUGACCUAUACCCUGCGCUACGUAGAGAUUGCUGA